AUGAUGGAAUUAGUUAGAUCAAAAAAAAUUAUAAUUUAUCUUCCAAAAUUUAAAAUUGAAUCAACAUAUAAAUUAUAUGAAAUAAUUAAAGAAAUUGGUUUAAUACUUCCAUUUUCAAAUAAUGCUGAUUUUUCACUUAUAACAAAUGAUGCUAUUUUAAAAAUCGAUACAAUAAUUCAGAAAUCUUUUAUUGAUAAAGAAGGAACUGAAGCAACAGAGAGUAACUGUUGUAAGUAUGAAAUUAGUUUGUACAAUGCUAUUUAA